AUCGGUGCCUAGCAGUGCCACCCACCAGUUCCGCCCACCUGUGCCCAGCAGUGCGCCCACCUGUGCCCAGCAGUGCGCCCACCUGUGUUUAGCAGUGCACCCACCUGUGCCCAGCAGUGCACCCACCUGUGCCCAGCAGUGCACCCACCUGUGCCCAGCAGUGCCACCCAGCUGUGCCCAUCAGUGCAGCCCAGCAGUGCUGCCAGUCAAUGCCACCAUCAGUGGCCAGCAGUGCCACCAGUCAGUGCCUAGCAAUGCCACCAGUCAGUGCCACUUAUCAGUGCUGUCUAUCAGUGCCACCUAUCCGUGACACCUCAUUAGUGCCGCCCAUCAGUGCUGCCUAUCCGUGCCACCUCAUUAGUGCUACCUAUCAGUGCUGCCUAUUAGUGCCCAUCAGUGCUGCCUCAUCAACGCACAUCAGUGAAGGAGAAAAAUUACCUGUUUGAAAAUUUUUAUAAUAGAAAAAAAUAAACUUUUUUUUUUCACAUUUUUUGCAAUUUUUUGUUUAUAG